AUGAGCGUCCUCGUCACCGGAGCCACAGGCAAACAAGGCGGCGCGACAGCCCGACACCUCCUCGCCCUUGGGAUCGAAGUACACGCCCUAGUCCGCACACCCAACAGCGCCGCAGCCCUCGAGCUCCAACGCCUCGGAGCGACGCUCAUCGAGGGAUCCUUCGACGACCCGGACUCACUGCACCGCGCCUGCGCAAACAAAACAACCGUAUUCCUAAACGUGUCCCCGUCCUUCCGCAACGACGGCGCAGAAGUCCGACACGCCACGAACGUCAUCCACGCCGCGCGCGCCGCAGGCACAGUCACCACCCUCGUCUACCCCAGCGUGUGCGGCAUCGAACACCACGAGUCCUUCCCGGGCUGGGCCACCUGGCCAGCCGAUAGCGUGCUGAAGAAUUACUUUCUCGACAAGGCCGCCAUCGAAGACCUCGUGCGGUCGUCCGGGUUCGCGAACUGGACCAUCCUCCGUCCGCCAAGCUUCAUGACAAACUACCUCAACCCGACGGCGUCGGCGUUCUUCCCCGAACUGACCGCGUCGCAUGUCUUCCGGACGGCGUUAGCGGAGGGCAAACGCACCAUGUUGAUCAGCCCGGACGAUAUCGGGCGCAUCGCGGCGGCGGUGAUCGCGGACCCGAGCCGGUUCGCGGGUCGAGCGAUUGAUAUCGGGGCGGAGGCGUUGACGGCGGAGGAGGUGGCGGGGGCGCUGGCGGAGGUCAGUGGGAGGGAGAUUCGAGUGGAGCAUAUCCCCGAGGCGGAGGCGAGGGAGCUGGCGAAGACGAGUGUGCAGAUUGAUCUGCAGCUGUGGUAUUGGGAGCGGCAGACGCUGUUUGAUCCGAGGGAGUUGCAGGCGGAGUUGGGGGUGACGUUUGCUAGUUUUAGGGAUUUCUUGCGCGCGAAUGAGGGCUUGGUGAGGGAGACUUUGGGGUGA